AUGGCAGAAGAUCGUCCAAAAAGGAUGACGCUAGAGGAUUACUCUAGUCCUAUUAUACCUCAAUACUUCACCAGCAUAGCCAGACCAGAGGUGCAGGCGGCCAACUUCUCAUAUCCAUAUUCCUUAAUCCAGCUGAUUCAAGGGAAUCUAUUUCACGGCCUACCAAGUGAAGAUCCAUACGCACACCUGGCCACAUACAUCGACAUUUGCAGCACGGUGAAGAUAGUCGGGGUUCCUGAAAAUGCAACACGCCUCAAUCUUUUCUCUUUUUCACUAGCAGGUAAAGCAAAAUUAUGGCUUCGCUCGUUUAAGGGGAAUAGCCUGCGGACAUGGGAAGAAGUUGUAGAGAAAUUCUUAAAGAAAUACUUUCCAGAAUCAAAGACUGUUGAAGGGAAGAGGGAAAUCUCUUCCUUCCAUCAAUUUCUCGAUGAAUCCCUCAGCGAGGCACUUGACCGCUUCCGUGGACUGCUAAGGAAAACACCUACACAUGGGUAUAGUGAACCGGUGCAACUGAACAUCUUCAUAGAUGGCCUGCGACCACAAUCAAAACAAUUAUUAGAUGCAUCUGCCGGAGGGAAGAUCAAGCUAAAGACACCAGAGGAGGCAAUGGAACUCAUAGAAAACAUGGCAGCUAGUGAUCACGCCAUUCUUCGUGAUCGCACAUAUGCACCAACAAAGAGAAGCCUUUUAGAACUCACCACUCAAGAUGCAACCUUGGCUCAAAAUAAGUUGUUGUCCCAACAAUUAGAAGCCCUGACAGAGACCCUCAACAAGCUUCCACAGCAACUACAAGCGGUAAGUCUUUCUCACUCUUCUAUUAUGCAGGUAAGGGGAUGUCACAUAUGUGGAGGAACACAUGAGUCAGGCUUAUGCAUGGUCCAAGAUGAAGCAUCCAAUGAAGUUAACUACAUGGGCAGCCAUAAUCAUCAAGGAUUCCAUCAAAGAGGACCACCAGGAUUCUAUCAGAGCGAUAAUUUUUUGCAGGACCACGAUUGGAGAUAUUAUCCAAGUAAUAACUUCAACCAAAGGGGUUCACCCUAUCAGCAUCCUAGCCAGGGUCCGAGUCAUCAAGAGAAGCCGCCUAUCAGUAUAAAGGAAAUGCUAUUAAGCUUCAUUCAAGAAACAAGGGCAAACACUCAGGAGACAAAGGCAUUCAUCCAGGAGACGAGAUCACACCAAAAGAGCACAGAUGCAGCCAUCAGAAAUCUGGAGAUACAAAUAGGCCAACUAGCUGAGUCAAUUGCUGAAAAGCCCACUAAAACCUUUGCGGUAAAUACUGAGAUGGAACCCAAAGAGGAUUACAAGGUAAUUCUCACUGAGAAAGAAAAGAAGGAGAAGAAAACUGAGGAAGAUGUGCAUGAUGAAGAAGGAGAAAAGAAGGAAGAAAAAGAAAGAAAUGCGGAGAAAGCACAACAAUGGGAGAAGUACUCACAAGUAGAAAUUCAGCAAGAAACUAUUCUCCAAGUCAAUACCUCUCCUCAUCAAUUGAUUGUCAAGGAAGAAAUGCAUGGAAAGCAUGAGAAAGCCUUAAGUGUCAUUUUUUCCUUGAUCGCUACCACUUCUCUUGCAAUAAUGUGGAAGGUGCUUCCAGAAUACACGAGUUUCAUGGCGUCUCUAACUAAGAGGCGAAAAUGCAAGGAAGAUGUGUUCUACGUGACAUUCAUGCCACCUUGAAGGCAUUUGACUCGUCAAGCUAAUGACGUUAAAGAAGCGCUUACUGGGAGGCAACCCAUGAUUUCUUACUUUA